AUGAGAACCACAACUUUGGUUGCCGCCACUGCCGGCACGAUCAUCACCGGCCUCUUGGCCUACGCUGUCUACUUUGAUCACAAGCGCCAGACCGAUCCCGAGUUCCGUCGCGCUCUGAAGCGCAACAACCGUCGUAUGGCCCGGGCUGAGAAGGAGGAAGCCGAGGCCCAGGGCGCCAUGCAGCGCGAGACCAUUAAGGCCGUUGUGCAGCAGGCCAAGGACGAGGGCUUCCCCACUGACCUGGAAGAGAAGGAGGCCUACUUCAUGGGCCAGGUUGCCCGUGGAGAGUCUCUCUGUGCGGAAGAACCUAUCGAGGCGGCUUUAUGCUUCUACAAGGCCUUGAAGGUCUACCCCCAGCCCAAGGACCUCAUCUCCAUCUACGACAAGACGGUGCCCAAGGAGGUUUUGGAGAUUCUCGCUGAAAUGGUUGCCAUGGAUGCCGGACUCCAGCUCGGCUCUUUCACGGCAGAGAGCUCAGGCCCCGAGAGCCACGGCGUGGAGUAA